CGCCCAUUCCCAGGUUGGGUAGCGUGAGAGUUGAAAACGUUGAAAGGACCAAAGAGAGGAAGGCAGAGGAUAGAACCGCUAAGGCACUGCACUCUAACGGACAUAACCUAAAGCUAAUUAACUGACCAAUCAACAAAAACAUCAACAACCGAAACUUUCGGACAUUUCUGAAUAAAUGAUGGAGUAUAACUUAUAACGGAGUUGGAUGAACAUUAGGUUAUAAAGAAUACAUUUUGAACCACCAUCCAAGCACAAGGCAGCUGUGGAAUCUCGGUGAUGCUGUUAGUUCAAAGGAAAGAAGCCGCAGUUUGCCGCGCAGUCUCCAGUGUUGUGGCGCCCUCUGCUGUUUGACAGGGGAAGGCCGGGCAGGAUGGCGUUCCAGCUGGAGGAGGGAAUGAACUCCGUCAUCGUACGCCACUACAACCACUCGGGCAAGCUGGAUCGCCCCCGCAGCAGCGGCGGCUGCAAGACCGUGUUCCUGCUGCUCAUCUGCGUGUUGAUCGUCCUGGAGAACAUCACGGUGCUGCUGGCGCUGUGGAGGAACAAGCGCUUCCAUAGCCGCAUGUACUUCCUCAUCGGGAACCUGGCGCUGUCGGACAUGCUGGCGGGCGUGGCGUACGUGGUCAACAUCUUCACGUCGGGCAGCCGGACCUUCUACCUGAGCCCCAUCCAGUGGCUGGCCCGCGAGGGCAGCAUGUUCGUGGCCCUGAGCGCCUCCACCUUCAGCCUGUUGGCCAUCGGCAUCGAGAGACACAUGACCAUGGUGCGUCUGAGGCCGUGUGAAGCGGCGGGCCGGGGCCGCCUGCUGGCCCUGCUGGGCUGCUGCUGGGCCGUCUCCUUCCUGCUCAGCGCCCUGCCCAGCCUGGGCUGGAACUGCCUGGACCACUUGGCCUCCUGCUCCACCGUGCUGCCCCUGUACGCCAAGAGCUACGUGGCCUUCUGCAUCAGCGUGUUCAGCGCCCUGCUGGUGGCCAUCGUCAUCCUCUACAUCCGCAUCUACCGCCUGGUGACGUCGAGCGGGCGGCGUGUCAGCAGCCGCCCUUCGGAGCGCUCGCUGGCCCUGCUGCGGACGGUGGUGAUCGUGCUGGGCGUGUUCGUCAUGUGCUGGGCGCCCCUCUUCCUGCUGCUGCUGCUGGACGUGGGCUGCAGCCCCGAGCGCUGCCCCGUGCUCUAUCAGGUGGACUGGUUCAUCGCCCUGGCCGUGCUCAACUCGGCCCUUAACCCGCUCAUCUACACCCUGUCCAGCAGGGAGAUGAGAGCGGCCUUCUUCCGGCUGCUGUGUUGCUGUCAGGGCCAGCUGGAGGCCACGGCCCCGGCGCCGGGGAGCCCCAACCCGGGGACGCUGGCUCCCACCGUGGAGAACAGCAAGACCAGCAUGGGGGGCAGCGGCCAGGCCGGAGGGGCCAAGCCCGCCCUGACCCGGGGCAAAGCGCCCAUGCCCGUGAUCUCCAACCACGGGCACGGUGAGCCGUCGCCCGCCGUCACGCCACACCCCUCGGGGCGUGCCGACCUUCUCUCGGCCGUGCUGGUGAAGGCAGGGGCACUGCCCUCCCUCAGCAAGCUCUGAUUGGCCGGUACUGGUCAUGUGAGGUGAGAGGGUGAUACUGUGGAGCUUGAGGGUGACUCGGAGCACACCGGCUCGCCCACAAGCACUGGGUGGGGGACGGUCUGGUGGGAGAAACGUUAGGUAGAUGUCUCUCACGGCUCCUGGAGCAAGGAGGGAGAGGGUCCAAACAGGAGAAGAUAUGACUAUCUUGGACUCGAACCAUAUAAAGCCACUAUUUUUUACAGUCUGCUUCAAAAGCACCGCUGAACUCGUGUUUUCUGCCCAUGUACAUACAUGAAUGUUUUUGCGAUGGAACGGAAUGCUUUGGGGGGGGGGCAUCCAAUCAGGAAGCAGGAGUGAGCGGUUGAUUGACACUCCACGGUGUUCCACUGAGUGGCUUGUGAGGACCCUGUUUACUGCACCUGCAGUGCACGAUGAACUUAUCAGUACACCUGCCUUUACUUUUAUUAUUAUAAUUAUAGGAUACAAUAUUUAUUUUCCAAGAAGUUCCAGGCCUUUAUCAGUAUUAUGAACUGUGUGAUAAUACUUUGUGUGUAUUAAAUGCUUUCACGGUACAGUGGCUAUAGUAUUAAUAUUGUUAAGAUUUGUAAAAAUGAACUGUCAAAAGUCAGUUCUGCUUCCCAAAUACAAAGACAUAUGCCACUUCCACUAACCACUAGUGAAUAAAAGUUGGAUUUAAAAGGAUAAAAGUUGUACUAUUUAGCAAAUGUACUGUGAUUACAUUUCAACCUAAUCUUUUCUGGUUUCGAAUACCUUUACAAAAGAAUAAAAUACAAUUCCUCCUUUUUCUAA